GCAAAGCAUUUGGUGUGAAAGUGAAAUGUCACGACAUAGAGCAUUCCGAAAUAACCAGAAAUACUACAUUGACGAAUAUUAUGACGACCUUUCCAGUGAACAAGAUUCCUCUGGAAGUACCGACUUAGAAAACUAUAAUACUAAAGUUAAAGCUACCGAAGGCUCUAGUGAGGCGCGCUUAGAAUAUGCUUUAAAUGUCGUUCAAGAGGUUUUAGGUAAGGAACUACAUUCCGAAGAAGAGAUAGUUAAAGCUUUAGAGGAGCGAAAUUAUGAUUACGAAUUAGUUAUUGAUUUACUUUUAAAGCGAAACGAAAAGGACAGGAAAAGGGUCGGUUCAGUUUCUAAAGGAAGGAAGAAACAGGACCCGCGCUCACGUGUGGCGGGCCCUACCAAAACAAAAGAGACUGUUAAACUUAGCAAAGAAACUAAAGAAACAACAGAAAUUCGUGUAGUAAAGGAGGGCACAAAAAAGGAGAAACCCACAGAUGGCUUAUUAGCGAACUUUUCCGGCCUCCGCAUUGGUGGGAGUUUUUCUAAGAAGGAAGUCGGAGGCGACGAAAAGCCUUCAGCUCCUAGAAUUUCAAGUAAAGUUGCUACUUCUCUGACUAGCAAUGACAGUGUUGUCAACCUUAUUGUUAUUGGCCACGUGGAUGCCGGAAAAAGUACUCUGCUUGGCCAUCUGCUUCAACUGGUCGGCGCUGUGGAAAAAAGUCUCGUUCACAAGAAUGCAAGAGACUCGGAGAAAAUCGGGAAGUCGUCCUUCCGGUACGCGUGGGUGCUGGAUGCCACCAGCGAGGAGCGCUCGAGAGGCGUUACCAUGGACAUUGCGUUCUGCCACUUUAGGACCAAUUCGAAGCUUAUCACCGUAUUAGAUGCCCCGGGCCAUCGCGAUUUUGUCCCAAAGAUGAUUUCGGGAGCCACGCAAGCGGAUGCUGCGCUUUUAGUAAUUGAUGCGAAUUAUGGCGAAUUUGAAACCGGCUUCACGGCAGGAGGGCAAACUCGGGAGCACGCCAUCUUGGCUCGAUCUCUUGGCGUCUCUCAGUUGGUUGUUGCCGUGAACAAAAUGGAUCUCGUUGGUUACAGUGAAGCUCGCUAUAACGAAGUGGUCACGUGUCUACGCCUUUAUCUGAAUAAGCUUGGUUAUAAAGACACUGCUCUAAACUUUGUGCCGUGCGGCGGGUUUGGUGGUGUCAACUUAGUAACCCUCGCCGAACCGGCACUCAAAAGUUGGUACGCAGGCCCCACACUCCUGGAUGCUAUUGACGCCUUGAAGACUCCAGAUAAACUUGUCGAGAAACCUCUGCGCCUCUGCGCCAUUGACGUGUACAAAACGCACAGCGGCGCAUUUAUAUUCGGGAAUGUUGUUACCGGUCGAGUUGCGGUGGGCGAUGAGGUACUAAUGCUUCCGGGAGCUGCGCUCGCUAAAAUAAAAGCUAUUACUGUUCGUAAUGAGGAAAAGAUGUGGGCGCUUGCAGGUGACUCUUUACAAUUUUCCUGCCAAGGAAUAGAGCUCGACCACUUUCGGAAAGGGAGUUUUUUUUGCGAUAAGCAAGCUUUAAUGGCGCCAGCAAGGAAGUUGCUUGCAAGAGUGUAUGUUUUCAAGCUUGAGAUCCCCAUCAUCAAGGGAACUUCGGUGAUCUUUUACUUCUACAAAAACGAAGAGACCGGCUACAUCACGAGGCUUAUAGAGACUAGCAAUAAAAGUUCGGGUUCUUCAGUUAGGAAAAAUCCCCGUUCCCUAUCCAGCGACUCCUCUGCCCUCAUUGAAAUUACACUUUCUUGCACUCUAUAUUUUGAUCUCUCUGUUAAAAGUUUAAGCCGGUUUACUCUUCGGACUCGGGGAAAGACCAUCGCAGCGGGCCUUGUAACAGAGAUUAUUGCGUAAACUAAGGGCUCGACCUGCUUGACUGUUAAUAAGUGUAGUAGCCGCUGAAAAAAUCUAUUGAGCGU